GUGCUUAACCAACUGUUCGUGCAGUGCAUAUGCUUACACUGCAAACUGUCUGAUAUGGACGGAUGAGAAGUUUUCGGUUCAACUUUCGGCCAAUGAUGCAGUUUUGAGAGAUUUCUAUGUCCGGAUUGCGGGGUCAGGCUUGAAGGAAGAAAGUAAGAAAAAGGGGAAACCCAGAUCGAAUUUCAUAAUAGCAGUUGUAGUUGUGACCGUAGCUUUUCUCUUGGUCCUCAGUGGGUCGCUGGUGACCAUUAGGAGGAGACGGCCUGCUAGGGCAGCGGAUGAUCAUUUGAUGCAUUUUGAAUAUCGAGUUCUGAAGAAGGCGACAAAAAAAUUCUCCGAGAAAAUUGGGGAAGGCGGGUUUAGUUCUGUCUUCAGGGGAGCACUGCCAGACUCAACUCCAAUAGCAGUGAAGAAACUUGUGAACCAAAACCAAAGUAACAAACAGUUCCUUGCGGAAGUUAGAACUAUCGGAACAAUACAGCACGUCAAUGUCCUUCGUCUGCGCGGAUUUUGUGCAGAAGAGACAAAAAGGUUCCUAGUAUUUGAGUACCUUGCAAAUGGUUCGCUCGCAGCUCAUUUGUUUCGGAAAGAUUCCAACACCCUCGAUUGGAAAACCAGAUACGGCAUCGCCAUUGGGAUUGCUAAAGGAUUGGAGUAUCUCCAUGAGAGGUGUCGAGAUCGCAUCAUACACUGCGACAUCAAGCCAGAGAAUAUACUGUUGGAUUCAGAACUCGCGCCACAAAUUGCUGAUUUCGGCCUUGCAAAGCGCCUGGGACGGGAUGUCAGCCGCGUAAUUACCACCAUGAGGGGAACCAGAGGGUACCUCGCACCAGAAUGGAUUUUGGGAGGAGCCAUCACGUCGAAAGUUGACAUUUUCAGCUAUGGAAAGGUGCUCUUUGAGAUCAUAUCGGGAAAGAGAAACAUCGAGGAGCUGAACAGUGAUAUGCGCGAUUAUCUACCGCUACAGGUAGCUAAUUCAAUCGCCAAAGGAGAAGAAGUGUUGCCACUCGUGGACCGCAGAUUGAACGGACUCGUGGAGAUGGAAGAAUUGUGCAGAGCAUGCAGAGUCGCUUGCUGGUGCAUUCAAGACAGCGAGAAAGAUAGACCAACUAUGUCUCAGGUAGUUCAGAUUUUGGAGGGGGUUAUGGCAGUAGAAAAGCCUCCAAUCCCAAGAACUUUCUUGCAACUUGUAGGAAGUCAAUGAAGAGGAAGCUGAAAUUAUCCAGGGAUAAAACUAAGAACC